GAGACUCUCCGUGAAAACCCAGGCGAUGAAAACUUGUGUUACUUUUCAAUUAUUAUACUUCCAUUCACCCAACCAUUAACCCUACAAUCUUUUCAAUCAAUUCAUCGUCUGAUUCCCCAUCUUUUGGUCUAUCGAUUGAUACCUUUUGAUCGAUGAACACCCACUUUCAAUAAACGGUUAGUGCAGUUACUAUUAUCUCUGCAAUGCCGAGAACCAGGCGUUCAUCUUCUUCCCGUGAACAACCACCAGACACAGACGAAGCUGAUAAACCAACCCCCAACAAACUCAUUAUGCAGAAUUAUCGGACACCAUGGCUCAUUGCCCUUUCAAAAACUUUGACGAAUGUCUGGAUGGAUAUAAUGGGAGAGGAUAUGCAAAGAAUUCUAUUCUUCGGAACAUAAAGGAUCAUCACUGGCCAACACAAGAAAGACUAUUGGUAUGCAAAUAGAGGAUAAGUACUUAAUUGGGUGUCUACCAGGCUUGGGAGAAACUUUUAUCUGUGUUGCAUAUGUGGUUAUGUUGAGAAUGCAUGAAGGUGCAGUCAUGGAAGAGACCAUGUCGACUUCAUAAUGGUUCCGUUUUAACAGGCCCUUUCGAUAGUAGAUAUGCUGAUUUCCUAGUACAUGGUAUCAACAAACCACUGGCAGAUUCUUCUUCUUCAGAAACUAAUGUUGCUGACAAUUCUGAUGAGUCACUUGGACUCUCGUUGGAAUUACUUGAUCUUGUUUAUCAUAAGCAAAUCACUACAACUUCUAGUAUACCUCCCCCAUGUAGGCUCGGUUUUUCCAGAGCAUUGAAGGUUGCACUUGACAAUGUACUUGUUAAACCCCAUGAACUGCACACGUGGAUCCAACUCUUACUUCUACCAGUUUGCACUUUAAACCUUUACAUACCCAACAAUGCCAAUGAGGGUAGAUCAGGAACGCGUAAGAAGCUCCAGAUUUCUGCAAUCAACAAGUCACUGGUGGAAUGGGGACAACCAAAUGGGUAGGCUAAUAUUGUUUAGCGUCUUUUGGCGUUGGCUUGUCAGAAUCAACAACAAUAACAAAACAAUAAGCGACCAACGAGAACCAAGAAAUCCAAGACCAAUGUGGAGGCUUGCCAAAAGAAAUUGAGUGAAGGGCAUUACACAGCAGCCAUACGCAUUUUGUCAUCUGGUGGUGUUGCCCCUGCAACUCCAGACACUCUCUACGAACUGCAGCAGAAACAUCCCUACUCUCGACCUCCUGUCAUCCCAUCUGGUAAUCUAAAUGUGGCAGCUGUCAGGGUAGAUGUUCAGGAUGUUGUGCGAGCUUUGAAAAGCUUUCCGAAAGGAACAUCAUGUGGGCGUGACAGCCUUCGUGCUCAUCACCUGUUAGACGCUACGAGUGGCGGUGCUGCUGCCGUGGAAGACGAGAUAUUGUUAUCGAUCACCGGAGUAGCAAAACUGUGGUUAGAUGGUCAAUGCCCACUGGCUCUUGGAGAGUACAUGGCCAGCGCACCGUUAACACCUCUACUAAAACCAGGUGGGGGUAUUCGUCCAAUCGCAGUAGGUACGAUAUGGCGCCGAUUAUGUUCUAAACUGGAAGCAUCUGCGGUGCUUAAAGAUAUGAAUGCUUACCUCGGCAACCAUCAAUUUGGGGUUGGUACUCCUUGCGCAGGAGAGGGCAUUCUACACUCGGUGAAUAGGAUGUUGGAGUUGAAAGGUACCCACACCGACAUGACUAUAUUUCUUAUCGAUUUCACUAAUGCUUUCAACAUAGUUAGUCGAACUGUUUUGAUCAAUGAGGUGCGUGAGAAAUGUCCUAGCAUUGCUAAGUGGGUGGAAUUCUGUUACGCGUGUCCGGCCAAGUUGUAUUACAAUGAGCACACCUUAUCUUCCACUCAAGGGGUUCAACAGGGAGACCCUCUUGGCCCUCUACUGUUUUCCCUAGUUCUUCACCCAUUGAUCUGCAAAAUCGCCUUGCAAUGCAAUUUGGAUCUUAACUCGUGGUAUUUGGAUGAUGGCACAUUGGUUGGGGAGAUGACUGAAGUGGCAAGAGCUCUCCAGAUCUUGCGUGAGGAAGGUCCUGCAAGAGGACUGCAAUUGAACAUACAAAAGACGGAAAUCUUUUGGCCACACCCUGACCCAAGAUGUCAAACUGUCUUCCUAUCUGAAAUUGGCAGGCCAGAUACUGGAGUUCGGUUGCUUGGUGGUCCGGUAGAACUUGUGUUACUUCGAAACUGCGCGGGUGUUUCAAAGUUGUACUUUUCAAUGCGUACAACUAGAGUCCAAUGCAUGCAGACAACACAACAAAAAUUCGACGAGCAGCUUAUUCAGUUCCUGCAGUAUUUAAUCACGAGUGAUGGAGAUGGGUUCGGCCAAUUACAACAACGCAUCGCUACUCUCCCGAUCAGUUCUGGUGGCCUUGGCGUUUACACUAUGCAUGACACUACUCAAUAUGGCUACCUAGCUUCUUGCUUCCAAACACAACAUCUGCAGAAUAGUAUCCUACAAGGUACGCCUGGCCUUAGUCAUCACUUCCAGACAACGCUGGAACAUUACAUACAUAUAUGUGGUUUAUCUCCUUCAUCUUUCAACAUUAACGAUGUCGCCCCACAGCCCAUGCAUUUACUGGAUACUCGUUACUAUGAUGCUAUCAUGAAGGGUUUACCAUCUAAUUUUGUUAUGUCCAAGCGUGACUCUAUCUUAUGGAUAUGCAAUAAGAAACCUCAUGCACAAGAUUAUCUAAAGGCAAUCCCUAUCCAAGGGCUUAAUCAGUCCUUAGGGCCAAGACAAUUCAGGUCGGUACUUCAAUACCGCUUGGGUAUACCUUUAUUUGCAGAAGAUAAUAUCUGUUCAUGUUGUAAACGUGUUAUGGAUCGGUUUGGUGAUCACGCCAUUCAUUGUGCAAGUGAAGUGGGUUUAAAGUAUCGCCAUGAUCUGGUAAGAGAUCUAUUUGUUGAGUUGUGCUACAAAGCAGGAGUAGCUGCACGAAAAGAAGCGUCUAUGGGUCUUACGUCUGACAUGAGCACUCCUCUCAAACCUGCAGACCUCAUGAUAUAUAACUGGGAGAAUGGAAGGGAUAUCUGUUUUGACGUCACCGACGUUUCACCAUUCUCCAAGGGUGGAAACCGUGCCUUCACACCGGGUCAUGCAAUCUCUGCUGCUAUCACACGCAAACGCAACAAAUAUGCAGACCUGUGUUCGUCUCAUGGGUAUGGUUUUGGUGUUCUAACCUUUACAACAUUGGGUGAAUUGAGUGAUGACAUUACAGUCCUUCUGAAAAGAUUGAAUAAUUGUAUGGCGAAUCAUGAUGUCAAUAAUAACUUAGGCAGUUUUCUUUUCCACAGAUUAGGCAUCAUUAUUCAAAAAGGCAUUGGGGCGCAACUUGUUGCGCGUCUCCCUGCCAAAUCAUUGUAA